AUGUACAGAGGAGCAACAUGGCUGCCAGCACUAUUAUUUAGCACCUGCGCGGUGGCCUUCCUGCGCAGGCAAGGCGCCGCAAGGCUGCCGGUCUCAGGACACUAUCGCAACACGGCGGCGAGCGCCAUCCUCGACUGGCCGGCGCACGACAAGCUCGCGCAGCGCGAGGACGGAUACGACCGCACGGGCUCGUACGCAGUGGUACACAUUUCGGGGGUGCCCAGGUGGCUGGAACGCGGAAGGUUCUACGACGUCAACCGCGUGCAACAGCAGGUGGGCGCCAAUGUCUACCUCCACAGGGUAGCAUUCUUCCAAUCGGAGGAGGGCUGGUACGUACACGGGGAGCCGUACCUCGAAAACGUGCGGGUGCUCUGCAAGGUGCUCAAGCACUUCAGGGGACCCAAGAUGCAUACACUCAAGUUCAGGUCCAAGAAGCACUACAAACGCAAAAUCGGGUUCAGGCCCGAACUCACGCGCCUGCAGGUGGAGGCGUUCGAGGUCAUCCCUCACGGCGAGCGCUGGGUCGACGAGGACCCGAUAUAUGUGCCCCUGACGAGGAUAGAGCAGCUGAGGAGGCCGAGUCUCGAGCUGCCCAAACUCAAGCGAAACACAAUAUACAGACUCACGGAGACCGAAAAACGCAUGUUGGAGGGAGAUCCGCUCGCGCAUUUCGACCCCGUGUAUAACCAAAUCUUUGUCGCAAACCGGACAAUGCAGUUGUAA